AUGAACACUCACGAUGUCUCAGAUAUUCCACAGUAUUUCGAGUUCCUGCGUCGGCAGAGGCAGAGUCUCCAAGAGGCACAAUCUCGUAAAGGACAACGCCCUCAAGAAAGACGAUCCAGGGAAGAAAUCAUAAUGAGAUUCAGAUUCAUGGGGACGGCUGGACGGGGCUCCUACGACAAGUUCAACCUACGAUCCGCAUUCAUCCCUCCAGCUUAUCCUCCCUGCACCAGUGCCUUAGCCGAACUGAAGAAAACGAUGAUCAAAGAUCUUCUCCUGGAAACUCACCACCGAGGCACUUAUCUACUAUUAAGGUCAAUUACCCCGCCAGCCAAGUUGAAUGCGGUUAUGACCAUUGUGGAAGACGAAAGCCAGGACGUUGUCAUGUUGCAGCUGUACUAUCAAGAGGGAGAUAAUGACAGCAAGAUUGAGGACAUCGCUGGAGAGGGCACGAUCCUGAUUGUGCGAGAACCAUACUUCAAGUUGAUGUCGGAUGGAGAGUAUGGACUCCGCGUUGACCAUCUCUCGGAUGUGACAUAUCUCCCAGCAUAUGAUCAGAGAGUCCCAAAUCAUUGGCAGAAAGAUAUCAUAGUGGGUAGCGCCUCGGUCGACGAUUGGAAGAUCAAGGGAAACGACUUCUACAAGGGUUCCAAGUAUAGAGCUGCUAUCGAAUGCUAUACGAAAGCCCUCGAUUGUUCUCCGACAGAAGACAAAUCUCGCACCAUCAAGAUCAAUCGAGCUCUCGCAUACAUCAAGACGAAGCAGUUCGAAGCCGCUCUCUUCGAUCUGGAAUACGAUCCAUCUCCUCAAAAGCCAAACGAGAAAGCUCUCUUCAGUAAAGCACUAGCAUUGUACCACCUCCAGAGAUAUCGAGAAUGUCGUGAGAUUCUCAAAACUGUCCUUGUGAACUAUCCUAGUAAUGCACCGGCCAAAACAAAACUCACUCGAACCAUACAACGGCUUGCAGAGCAAGAAGACGGAAAGUACAACCUCAAGGGUUUGCGCACGGAGGCCGCUAAACUGCGACCGCCGCAGCUAGACCAUACUACAUUUUCAGGUCCGGUUGCAAUCAGAACGUCAAAUGGUCGGGGGCGGGGUCUCUUUACCACAAGAGCAGUCAAGGCUGGCGAGCUUCUUUUGUGUGAGAAAGCAUUCGCGUAUGCCUUUGAUGAUUCUCAGAAGGCUACGGCCGGGGGCAAUUCGACAAUCUUGAUCAACGCGGAAACUAACUCCAUAACUAUUGGGGCUCAGGCGGAACUCAUCCAAUUGAUCGUCCAAAAGAUGUAUCGGAAUCCGUCCUCGGCGACUACCAUCACCAAUCUUCAUCACGGCUCGUAUGAACCUGUCAAGGUUACCGAGGUCGAUGGCACACCAGUGGUUGAUACGCGGUCUUUUAUCGGCGAUAUGAUGCUGGUGCGUGCAACACAAGACCUUGCAGCUGACACAGAGAUCACAUUCUGGUACUACUCGCCUGGCGUCAAUGACUACGACGAGCGACGGAAAAAGUUCCAACAUUGGGGUUUCAUGUGCGACUGCGCCAUGUGCCAGGAUGAAAUGGCCACGAAGAAGAGCGUCUGGGCAAAAAGAACCAAGUUGAGGGCAGACGCUCUGAAGGUCUUCAAAUCUGACAGCAAAGCGAAUAUAGCCCAGGUUGAGACCGUCCUCGUCGAGCUUGUUGCUACAUAUCCUCGACCAGCUUCUGAUGUGCCUCGUCUCAGUGUGUGGGACGGCCAGCUGGCCCUAGCAAAGAUGUGUCUCGCGCAUCGGCAACCACUCAAAGCCGUCGAAUGGGGGGUGAGCGCUCUGGAAUCUCUCGGCUAUGUGAUAGAAGGAGGAAGACUGCCACGCACUAUAGGCACGCCUCUGGUUGUCAAGAAAUGGGGCUUGAUGCAGGACCACCUUGUCGAGUGCUGGAUGGUCCUCGCCAGGGCUUACAGCCUGGUGGCUCCCGAUCUCGAGGUUCUAGCGAUCGAGUACGCUAGGAAUUCAUACAAGAUUUGCGUGGGCGAAGACGACAGUUUUGACGAGACAUACGGCAGGAUAUUCAGGGGCGCCUAG